UGGCUGCGACGCACUCUCGGUGCCGCCCGUCUCGUCGCCGUCGGCGUCGUGCCCGCUUCCAAGAUGGCGGCGGCGGUGUCCGGCGCGUUCGGCCGGGUGGGUUGGAGGUUCCUGCAGCUGCGGUGCCUGCCUGUGUCCCGCUGCCCACCAGCCCUGGUCCCACGGGCCUUCCAUGCUUCAGCUCUGCAGCUGAGAUCUUCGGAUGAGCAGAAGCAACAGCCUCCCCCCUCUUUUUCUCAGCAACAUUCUGAGACACAGGGGGCAGAAGAACCCAAUCCAGAGUCCGCUCGUUCACCUCCCAGGUACACAGACCAGGGUGGCGAGGAGGAGGAGGACCAUGAGAGUGAGGCGCAGCUGCAGCACCGCAUCCUGACAGCAGCCCUGGAGUUCGUGCCGGCCCACGGGUGGACAGCAGAGGCAAUUGCAGAAGGAGCCCAGUCUUUGGGUCUCUCCAGUGCAGCAGCUAGCAUGUUUGGGAAUGAUGGCAGUGAGCUGAUCCUGCAUUUUGUGACCCAGUGCAACACUCAGCUCACCCGUGUGCUGGAAGAGGAGCAGAAGCUGGUACAGCUGGGCCAGGCAGAGAAGAGGAAGACAGACCAGUUCCUGAGGGACGCCGUGGAAACCAGACUGAGAAUGCUGAUCCCAUACAUUGAGCACUGGCCCCGGGCCCUCAGCAUCCUCAUGCUCCCUCACAACAUCCCGCCCAGCCUGAACCUGCUCACCAGCAUGGUGGACGACAUGUGGCAUUAUGCUGGGGACCAGUCCACUGACUUCAACUGGUACACUCGCCGCGCUGUGCUGGCUGGCAUCUACAACACGACCGAGCUGGUGAUGAUGCAGGACUCCUCCCCAGACUUUGAGGACACUUGGCGCUUCUUGGAAAACCGGAUUAAUGAUGCAAUGAACAUGGGCCACACUGCCAAGCAGGUCAAGUCCACUGGAGAGGCACUGGUGCAAGGACUCAUGGGUGCCGCAGUGACGCUCAAGAACUUGACAGGUCUAAACCAGCGCCGGUGAGCAAGAAGGGGUGUAAUGUAAGCUGGACUGCUCAGAAGAAAACCCGCGGAUAAAUUUAAAGGGCAUUGAAAAGUAGGAAGUGCCAUUCACGAACGGGGUAUUAAUGAGAAAACAUUCAAGGACUCCGGUGUCACCACCAUAGCCACCUGGAAACUACAGGGCACUUGAUGAUCCAGUUGUACCUGAGAUCGGGCCACUUCUUCAGUCCUAAUACCAGGCCUGGCCUUACUGCAUUGCAGCUGUGUGAUUGAAAACUGAGGCUCUCCUCCAAGCAUUCGAUCCACAGAAAGCCAGCACGUCUCUGUCAUGGUCUCACAGGCACCUUGAUCAUAUCUUAACCUUCCUAGAAAUGCUCUCUGGGGCUCCUAAGUCAGAGUCAGGGUAUGAAGCCACCCCAAGUGACAACUCAUCCACAGCACAGCACAGGCACGUGCUCCCAGAGGCAUUCCUAGCAGCCCUUUCCCUCUCCAGCGUCCUGAGAUACUGCACCUGGGAACAUCCUCAGAAAGCUGCCUCACCUGAGACACGUGCCUGCUGGACAGUGGUGCACAGCCUAGCCAGAAGUGUGAUCCCAGGCCUGGUGUCACAUUACACCAGCAUGCAUUGCAGGAUUAUUAGUGAACUUAGAGUCUGUAAAAUUAUAAUAAAUAUGUUUGAA